AUGAGUCGCGCACUUUUCGAAAUCCAACCGAUAGCGCGCUUCGGUGGAGUCAACACCACCAUCCGCCGACCAAGGGAAAUCGCGUGCUUCUCCUAUGACCAGGAACGUCGUUUCUCGUUAGGCGAUGCGUCAAUGGCAUAUUACUAUCCGCCGAAUCUCCCAGCGGAUCUGAACAUCGGGUUCGAUACGUUUCAAAAACUGGAUGACUCGGCGGAUGAGCAUCUGGAUGCGCUUCUUGAAACGAUCAUGGCCAUGGAGAAGGAGACGGGGAAGAAGUGUGAGACGGAUGUCAUUACUUGGCGAGGCAUGAUGACCAAGAUUCGAGAUGAAUAUAACAUGCUUUCAAGGAACAUUGUACGAAAUACCACACUCAACGCUUCAAGCCAGGAUCAAAGCAUCGUAUUGACAAGCCACGCGAUGCUAUCUACCAGAUUCAUCGAAGAACACAACGCCUACAAGAACCAACAGAAACACAUCCAAAAGAAUCAGAGGAUGCCUCCAGGCAUGGCAUCUCAGGAACUCAUGAUGUACUGGGGAUACAAAUUCGAAGCCCUCUCCGUCCUGCGAAAACCAUGGGACGAAACGUCCCGAGCAGAGAUAGAAGGCCGACAAGACGAAGUCGUCAACAACAGCGCCCAAUACUGUUCCGUCGUCAAGACCGGAAUGGGACACGUGCGCAUGGUACUCGGUGGUGAAGUGGAUGCCGUAUGGGACUGCAAACCCGUCCUCAAAGAACACCCCAUCCACUGGGUCGAACUCAAAACGUCCGCCGAGAUCCGCAACGACAGAGACAUGGUCAAAUACGAGCGCAAGCUGCUCAAAUUCUGGGCCCAAUCGUUCCUCCUGGGCGUGCCCAAGAUCAUUGUGGGAUUCCGUGAUCAACAGGGUAUUGUACGGCGUCUGGAGGAGCUGGAUACGGCGAGUAUUCCGGGGAAAGUGAAGAGCGUGGGGAGGGGGAGUUGGGAUGGGAAUAUCUGUAUUAAUUUUGCGGCGGGGUUUUUGGACUGGUUGAAGCAGGUUGUUCAGGGGGAGGGAGUUUGGAGGAUACGCAAAUUGGAAAAGUCUCAUGUGAUUGAGGUGUUCAAGAUUGAGGAGACGGGCCAUGGGGAUAUUCUUUCGUCGUCGUUCAAGUCCUGGAGAGAAAGUUUGGGGAGGACCACGGAUGACUCGUCGGAGCAUCCACCUGCGCAGAGUAUGUAG